UUUUUAUCAAUAUUAAGUGGUGUUGAGUCUAAAUAAUCUAAUCUAAGCUGUAGUGGUUUGUUUUUGUGUGGCGUAAAUAUCAAAAUAUUUAUUUUUAAUAUUGCGCAUAUAUAUAUUUUUCUAAAAUUAAUUAAUUUAUUAGUAAACAGAAUAAAUUUAGAUAAUAAUACCAAUAUUCACUUUUACAAAUAAUUCAUACGAAAACUGUGUUUUAUAUUCACUAGGUCAUACUGAUUAAUUUUAUAUAAAUGUUGCGUCAUUGUUUCCAGUUAAAAAACUAGUGUAAUUUAUUUGCAAUUGUUGUGAAAUAUUGCUUUAUGUGUCGUAGACUGUCGCACUACUGUUGAAAAGUAACCACACGUGUGGUUAAUAGUGGAUUAAAAGCAUUUUAAUGAUAUUAAAAGAAUAUAUUGAUAUGGCACCUAAGCGCGGGAAACGAGUGAGUGAUGGCAGUGAUGAAGACGAGGACUACAGGAAGCGAAGGGAUAGAAACAACGAGGCAGUAAAAAAGAGCAGAUUUAAGUCAAAGCAGCGUACACAAGAAACAUUCACAAGGGUGAGCAAACUGAAAGAAGAAAAUAAAGUGUUAGAGGAGAAAGUGAAGACCCUAACAAAAGAAUUGCAAUUUCUAAAAGAACUCUUCUUGGCACAUGCAUCAAAUACACAGAAUUCUAAAUUUGAAGGUAUUGACCUGGAGAAGCUUCUAGAAGAUGUCCCAGAUAAGGAACAAGAAAAUAGUAGUAAAAAAUGAUUGGAUAACUAGAUUUAUGCAAAUGACUGGGUAAAUAUAGUUCUUUAAGUUAGUAAUGGGUACUCUAGUGUUCAACAGCCAUAUAUGUUUCUUAAAGAAAGAGACAGAUGUUAUUAUUGAUCUACACACAAUCUUGUGUGAAUAAUUUGCUAUUCCAUAUACAGGCUGUAAUCAAAAUCUCCAGCCAUAUGUAAAACUAAAAAUCUACCCAAGCUAUAGAAUAUAUUAAGAGAAAAAUUCAGUAAAUCAAAACUUUUCCAAUUGAAUGAAACCAAUCCUCUAUGGGGUCUAAGUGUGGUGGCUUAAGCCGAGGUUCAAGCCGCUCUGUCACCUUUGAAUGUAUGCCACAUCUAUCGGUAAGAGUCAACACUUCAUCACUCCCCCCUUGUGGUCUUGGAGUGCCAUCUACAUUUGUCCCUGCAUAUGCCCAGUGAAGCUAUAAAUGCCCUUUGCAGCUAACAGCAUUUAGAGAUCGAAAAGUAAUCAAAUUUUUGAGCAUUCCAUACUGGCUGUACCAUUAGUUUGUUAGCUCAUCUUUUGUGGGGGAAAAUUUUCAUUUUCCAUUAUAGUACUCUACAGUUUAGAUUUCACCUGUAUAAAAAUGGUACAUAUUUCGCAAGCUAAACUCAACUUUUGCAACUCUCCAUAAAUACUAUUCUGUAUCCAUAGUUUAUAUCCUAUGUUAAGUGUUAGAAUACUGACAUAUUUUGACCAUGGACAAGCACCUACCUGGCGCUCAUAUAUCAUAAUCAAAAACCAAGUUCUAUUUGUGUUCAGCAGCUGUAUUGGAUAUUGAAAUGUAGUGUGAGAUACCUAGACAAUAUAUGUAUAUAAAUGUAAUUUAGAAUUAAGUAAAUUUAAACAGAUUUUACUGCAAAUUCUCAUUUACUUGCAUUUUGGUAAAAUGUAUUGUUUUUCUGUGAUGAUUUUUUUAAUGACUAGACAUUUAUGUAAUUUAUUGCAUAAAUUUAGUGACAGAUAUCUGAAAUGAAUUCUUCAAUACGUAAAAGAUCAGCAUUGCUAAUUGAAAUGUUCUAAGAUACUGUAAGUCAUAGGCAUAUUAUUGUUACACUAACUCUCCCUAAUACUAUGUUCAUUAUGAUAUAGGUACUUACUUUUCUCUCAUAAUAGAAGUGUGCCAUAUCUCACAAAUGUCUGGCAUUUGCAGUACAUUUUAUAAAGGAGAAAAUUGAAACAAAGUGUUAGAACAUUGUAAUAUUUAUUGUUAAAAAAUAGAUUCUUAUAUAUCUACUAUGUAAUUUAUAAGUAUAAAGCUAAAAUGAGCUAAAAUAUUGAAAAUAAAGUAUUUUAUUUACAGGAA